AUGGGUGAAUCUGGAGAUAGGCAUUAUCAGAAAUUGCCACCAGGAUGGGAUUGUAAAUAUGACCAAGCCACCGGAAAUUGCUAUUAUAUAAAUUACAUCACGAAAGUAAUGCAACUACAUGAUCCACGUUAUAGAACUUUACAAAAUGAAAGAUGCUCAUCCGAAUCAAUUGCCAUGCAGUCUUUGCACGGAUCCGGGGGAUCCCCAUAUCAUGUUUACCCAAGCAACAACAUGACAGCUAUACGGGCUUUCCAAACACCAAACUCCAGUCUUCAACAUAUGUCUACCAGCCCAUUAUUGACAUCUUCCAGAACACAUUUGAUCAACGACAUGUCCCCUUUACCGGUACAAAAAUCUCAAAUUCAACAGGCACCUCGUACUGUAAAUUUAUCACGACGUUCUACCAUACAGGAAACAUCGUUUACAAAUCAAAUUGACACCGAUGCUGUUGUACGAAAAAUUCAAAAUAUGUUUCCCACCGCAAGUGAAAACCACAUACGUUUACUUCUGAAAAAAUAUUAUAAUCGAGAAGCUGUUGUUAUUAGUGCUUUACAGGUGGAGAAGCAUCCCGUUACAAUGCCAGGACCUCAUGUUACACCACCAGGACAAAGGCAUUUAUUUCACAGUAAUUCCACCAUUCAUAUGACACCACCAGCUCGGCGCUUUGAUCCUGGCUCACAUCUGCGAGGCCUAGAAAUGGGCAACAGUUACUCGCGUACAGCAAGUCCUGUGCCACCUGGUCGCCUUUGUAAUGCAAUGAGUAUUAAUAGCGGCAACAUAGGUCCAUUGGUAUUGUCACCCUUUCACGGAUCGCCAUUCUUAGGCGAACAAGUAAGAAAUUCACCAAAACCACAUUCGUCUCCCAAAAUGAAGUUAAGAUACAUGAAAAUGAUUUUUCCAAAGGCUGAUGAAACAUUGCUCUUAGAUGUAUUAGCCAAUGCCGAUAACAACGUCCAAAAGGCAUCAGAAAAGGUAAUAUCCUUGGGAUAUACCAAAAAGGAUUUUCUUCCAACCCAAAAACCACCACAGCAUUUUGAAAAUCAGCACGAAUUUGAUGAUGGAUGUCACACCGUUCAAAAUGUUACCACGAUACCAUUGCUUCCAAAUAAGUACACAGAAGAUAAAAAAAUUGCAAUAACGCAACGUCUUCAAAAGAAAUAUCCGCACAUUGUGGAACACGUAAUUCGUAUGGCUCUUGAGUCUGUAAACUAUGUAGAAGAUCGGGCGAUUCAAAUACUCCAAAUCGUUCACGACGAAGAGCAAGAGCGCGCUAUGAAUAGAAUUUGUCCUUCUCACGGUUUGAUUGGUGUCGAUAACACAACUACUUCCAAUAUAUAUGCUAGAGAUAGCGUUGGCAUUCCACGUGUGUCCGGACAUUCACAUCGUGAUUGCAUUGACUCGACGGAAGAGAACUUGUGCAAAGAGUUUAAAUCUUUAAUGGGACGCAUUCAAACUAAUGGACCUAAUAGUAGCCUGGCUAAAGGCGCUGACGAGGGCUUACUUUUAGCCGAUUACGUAACUUGGAAUGGUGCAAAUCCAGAGUUUUACAAAGGCCAAAAUAAUCUUGCUAUUGGACCUGAUGCAUCCUUGCUUAGUGAACAUAAAUAUAAGCCAUUUGGACCAAAUCCAGAGCUGUGCAAAGGACCGCAAGUAACAUUAGCAAAAGGAAGCAUAUAUAAUCAGAAGAACGCUAACAAUACCAAAGCAAUGAACAUAAAAUGCAAUUAA